AUGAUCACUUUCGACCCAUCCUUUCCUUCCUUCAUGCUUGUCGCUCCUGACAUCACCUACUUCGUCCUCCCACAAGGUCGUGUUUCCUCUUCCUCCACUUCUACCCCUCCCUGCGUUCCCAAACCGUCCUUUCUCCCGUGCAGAAUCACUUCCAUAUGGACUCCUGCUGCGCUUUUCCCCAUGCACAGCAUCCCACCCUCGAUCUCUCUGUUCCUCGAAUUCAUCAUCGCUGCUACGCUCUCUACUGCUCCCUCUCUGUCCUGGUCGCAAAGGCGAGAUCUGCCUAAAAUUACCGCUGCUGAAUCUCAAGUUUUCCCCUCUUUGUGUAGCUCUCUUCUCAUACUCUCCUCUCCUUUCGUGCUCUCCUCUCCUCUCAUGCUCUCCUCUCUUGCCAUCCUCUCCGUCCUCUCCUCCCAUUUCGUGCUUUCCUCCUCCCCGCCAAGGCCCCAGUUCCUCCUCUUUCCCUCUUCGCCAAGCUCGUCCUUCCCCGUCCUCUCUUCGCCGGCCCUUCUCUUCGUCGUCUCUUAUCCCCCUCUUUUCCUCCCAAUGACUAUCGUCCCUAAUUCUCUCCCUUCGCUCCCUCCUCCAGCCAUCGCCACUUCUUUGCGUUCUCCGUGCUUCCCCCACGCUGCCUCCCCCCCUCGCAUCCCUGGACGUCCCAUGUUGGAAGAUAAACUGACAUCGAUACUGCAGAAGUAUCUCGGGGAAUACUUCUCUGGACUGUCGAAGGAAGCGCUGAAAGUUAGUGUGUGGAAAGGUGACAUUGAGCUCAAGAAUAUUCGCUUGCGACCUGAAGCGCUUAGACGCCUGCAGUUACCAGUUGUAAUAAAGUCAGGAAUCGUAAAGGCCUUGCGCGUUCAGAUACCAUGGAAGAGCCUCGGAAGGUCAUCAAUCGUCAUUCAUCUGGACGGACUUGAGCUCUUACUUGGACCCAACGAGUCUGUCUUUCUUGAUCCGGCAUCAGCUCUGAACGCCAAGCGCAAGCGCGUUCAAGAUGCAGAGGAGCUGAUCCUGUCUCGACGCGAUGCCAGCGUCGGAAAAGACACCGUAAGGAAAUCCAUGGACCCGCAGCUGUGGGAAUCCAACUUGACAGGCUUGCUGCCUUUUCCGUUGACAAGGAUGGAAAGGAGACAUACGUGUCCGGUGGAGAGCUUGAUAGCACUAGAAAGGCUUGUCGCUCAUGAGCUCGUUUCACAAGAAAUGAAAAAACAGAAGGGGAAAGCUCCUAGGAACGCUGCCCUCCCGGCCCAGCUUGAUGCUGAAGACUGGACUCAGUUGCAAGCGCUAUUACCCGAGGCUACAAACAGCGAGACCACAGGACAGAACUUGGACUGGUUAUUGCAUGGCUCAGUUCAGCAGGCUCAUGUUCUGUUCAUCAAGUCAAGCUUGGACCGCAUCAUUGAAUUCUUUCAGAGUAACGACGCCUUGAGUCCUGCUCUUGCAUUGGACACUGCUGACGCUUUUGAGCAAACUGUUGAAGAAAUCAAACGCCAGGCUCAGGCACAGCUGAUGAACUUCAUGCGCUCUGUUUCCCGAUUUGAGGGCGCAGCCAAACCACGCAUCCACAUCAACCACGACCUCAGACCUUCUGCUGACUACAAAGGCUGCAUUCACGUUCUCAUAAGACAGGGCAUAUCUAGUACUGAAUUUGCUUGGCAAAAGAGGGUGGGGGCUGUGGCUGGGCCCUUUCUCUACCUUGAGUUUGAUGUGGGAAGGCUGGAGAUUUCAAAUUCGAUUGAAGUCUUGAAGCUGCUUGGUGAUGGCAAGUCAAUUCAUGAUGUUAGCCUGGACGUCAUGAAAGUGGAGAUUGAUGGAAUUCGCCUGCAUGCGAUGACCAAGGGUCAUGUCACUGACAAUAUGAUCGAGAGGCUUGUGGGCCUUCAGGUGUUUAUUGAGAGACCUUUGAGUGAUCCCACAGGCCUCUUGCCUGGCUGCCAUAUUUCAGUGAAGGUUGGUCAUCUCCAAGGAGGAAUGUGCAGUGCAGAGUACGCAACUGUUCUUGACUGUGUUUCUGGAAAUUUUUCGGAAAUGCCACGGUCGAUCUCGGUUUCCACGGCAGCACCUGAUUCCACUCCAGUGGCCUCCGUGACGCCAUUGAAGCAUGUGGAUGUGAAAUCAUCUGUCCACAUCCAGUCUCUUGCACUCCUCUUGUAUGAAGGGUCUUCACGUGAAGCCACAUUCGCCAAACUUCAGGUUUCCAAUCUAUCUCUUCGCCACUUCCUGCACAGCGGAGGCAUCUCGCAGUUGUUUCUGUCUAUUUUUCAGGUUUUCAUCAAAGACCUGACCCCUGGAGUCGCAGCAGAGGAGCGCUGGGUUUUGGGGAUUGUUGACGACAUGGAAGGAGUGAUGUCAACAGUGGGAUCUGAAAGUGCAUCUUCUGCUGAAUGGCCAACUCAUCUCUCUUUGCUUCCUCGUGAACAAAGUGGGGCUGAGCAUAUCCAUCCGUCACUGCCAAUUCUGAUUCUGGAAUCUGAGUUCACAGGUGAUGUCCAGAGCAUGUCACUUAGGAUUCAGCGUCCUCGGCUGCUGCUGGCUCCACCAUUCAUCUCCCACCUUUCAAGUUUCUUCACUCGCUCGGAGGAUGUUGAAGCUGUGUCUGCUGCUGUUCCUCGAUGGGAAGAUGCUUUUCACCUUCACACACCAUACACGCUUCAGCAAGCGCCUGGUGUUUUAGAGAUUUCCUCUCAGAAGCCUCUUGUUGCAGAUGCGCCUGGUGUGUCAAGUUUUACUUUUGAUGGGAACGGGGGUUCCAUCGAACUGCUGGCUGCUGGGCUCACCGAAGCUACUGCUGCUGAAGCUUCUCUGAUCAUCGUCGGCCCAGGAAAACACCUCCGAUUCAAGAACGUCCACAUCUAUGGAGCUGAAUGGCUUGCCUGUGUGGUCAAACUGGGAGUCAGAAGUAGUUAUUCAGUGGAUGAAGCUGAUGGUGUCAAAUUGCUGCCGAUACGCCCAAAAGACCGACCGUCUCAGCAGCUUGACAAGCCCAGAUCUCCCCAGCAUGUGCCUGAACCAUCUUCUGGGCAUUGGAAGUUCAAUCUCCAGGCAAUUGGGUUGGAGUUGAUUGCCAUAGAUCAGGCACGAUGGGCAGCAAUACAAUUAUCUUCUCCAGAGAAUCUUUUGAGGCUCAAGGCUUCUCUGUAUCUCAGCAUUCAAACUGUGCGAGGCAUGUCGGAGGUGAACGUCGCAGUCAGGUCAUCCGGGAUCAGCACAGGCUCAGGGUUGUGCGUGAUAGAGCCUGUUGAUUCUAGAAUGAGGUUCACAUCCUCAACAGGCUACACGGACAGCCAGUUUUCAGUUUCCGAUCUGCGUACGCACUUCACGUUCGACACGGUGGAGCUCAUCCUGAGGAUGCAGGAGAAGUACAUGAGCUCAGUGUACAGUGUUGCUGAAAAUCCUCAGCAUUUGUGCUUGCAGUUCAAGAAGGUGUGGGCAUAUGCAGGAAGGUCUGAUAUGCAGAGGAUUUCGUUUUGGAGACCAAUUGCACCACCAGGGUUUGUUGUACUUGGUGACUGCUUGACAACAGAUGAUGCUCCCCCAACCAGAGGGGUGUUAGCUGUCAGCCUGGCAGGCGGCUAUGUGAAAAAACCAGUGUCAUUUGCUAAAAUAUGGUCAUCCGAGGAGGGAUCUGAUGUCUCGUCAAGUCCAGAGUGCUCUGUGUGGGAACCGAUUCCCCCCCCUGGAUUUGUGGCUGUAGGUUGUGUUGCCCAUCCAGGACCACUACCUCCCUCAGCGUCUGCUGUGUACUGCAUAGAAGCAUCACAUGUGUCCCCUGCAGCACUUCGUGGCUGCAUAACGGUGCAAGUGAAUGACGGACUGCAAUCGUUCAAGCUCUGGAGGAUCGAGAAUUCAUUGAGCACAUUCUCUGCCCGUCAGGAACAGGAGGCUGCUUGUGCCUUUGCAUUCGACUUGCGCUAUCAGCUUCCUGCAAACACACCCAGCAAUCUUUCAUCGUUGCCAAUUGACCUUGAUGGUGUUGCAACUGGGACUUCGGCUCAGCAGGUGGAGGAUUCAAUGUCGUUUGAAGUUCCCUCUGUGGCAAUCUCAUCACGGCAGCAAGAAGGAUUUCAGCAAGCGCAUUUCUUCAAGCUAGCCUGGGAGUCACGUAGGGAGACUUCUGGCACUGCAAUUUCUGUGUGGAGGCCCCUCUGUCCCGAAGGUUUUGCAUUUCUUGGCGAUGUCAUCCACUCCGGAUGCUCUCCACCAGAUUCCACUGUUAUCAUUGAGGGGGUUGAUGACAGUCUCCUUGUGAAACCUUUAAGCUGGAAGCUGUUGAAGUACAUUCCGACUCAAGGCACACAAGACAGUGUUGCUUUUUGGUCAGCAGUUCCACCCCCUGGUUACAGCUCUUUGGGAGUGGUUGUGACUGUGGGGAAAACAGCUCCGUCCGAAGACAGUUUCCGUUGCGUGCGGAAUGAUGCAUGUGUGCCUGUCAAAAUCGCUGCUGCUCCAGUUUUUGAACUGGUCUCACGCAAGGGAAAGCCCCUGUGCAAGCUUUGGCCUGUCGAGAAUCAGGUUGGGUCUUUCUUGGUCACCACAAAGGGUCGAAAGGGGCCACCUCGGCGCCUUGGCUUGGGCAUUUUUGUGCUGGAUGAGCAGCGGCCAGUCUCACGAGUGUAUGUUGACGUCUCACUACCAGUUUUCUCUGUCACCCUCUACGAUGACUUUGGGAGCCUGAUGACACCACUCAUCAAGAUAAGCCUUGACAAACUGGUCGUGAAGUCACUCCACUAUGGCACCAGUGAUGUCCAUCAGGUGUCCGCUGGCUGCUGUGUGGAUGCUUUCAACAAUCAGCAAGAUGCUUGGGAGCCCUUUUUGGAGCCUUGGCAUGGGAUGGUCAGAGCUGAGUUGGCUGGGAAGGAUGGCCUUGAGCCACCACUGUCAACUUGUCGAGUGGUGUCCAACAGCAAGGUGAACAUCAAUCUAUCGUCAGUGAACGUCAAUCACUUCGGGGAGGCGUACGCAGACUGGCUGAAGCUCCUAGAAUCCAAGGAGGAUGCAGAGAGGGCCAUUCACAUGAUCGAGCAUGAUAAGGAUGAGGAAGGGGACACAGAAGAGUACACACAUGCAACGGAGCGGCCUGCCUACAUCGUGCAGCACAAUUCAUCCGGCAUUGAUCUAUUCUUCCGAGUGGUGGACAAGAAGUUGGAGUCUAGGGUCUUCUGCUUGCCGUCUGGCAGCCAGGCUUGCAUUGUGGUGCCACCGGAGACCAGUUCUUUACACCCGUCACCCGAGCAUCACAGCAGUGUCCAAAGAGGUUCCGUUCUUGCAUUUGGUAUCGGUGACCUGCAGAUUCCCAAAGAGCUGGUCUCUAAUCCAGAGGAGCUUGUCUGUUCGGUCUCGUUGACCUCAGCCAUUGAUGUCAACGGGUUUCAGUGCGCGCAGCAGGCACGCACGAGUAUGAAGGUUCCUGCAAGUGCUGGGAACUCGUGGCUGGUUUCUUGGAACGAGGUUUUUCUCUUCGAGAGCACGCUGGAGGAAGGAGAGACGGUGUGUGUUGCAGUGGAGCGAAGCGCUUUCACAGGAUUGGUUCUUUUCAGUUUCACUUGCGCUGCGAAGCCUGGCGUGAAUAUGGCAGAAAUCGAGUAUUCGUCACACAAAAAUUCCACCACAGGCCACUCUUGGCUCUCCUCCAAUCUUGAGCCUGUGUCUGGCGACCAUGGCACUGCUCACCUCAGUGUAUUCCACCACUUUGGCAAGAUUGGAGCUGAUGGAAGAUUGGAACCUCUGAAUGAAGUCCCGGACUUGCCUAUCCGGGAGCAGUGGCAGCCAUUUCAGAUGUCACUGACUAAGGAUGGACCGUGGACCCCCAUUAGCUCUGUCUACGGUGGUGGUGUUGUUUCCAAACAACUGGGUGGCAUGAUGUUGGCUGUUCACGUGUCCAUGGUUGAAGGGGAGAAGCAUCUGAAUGUCAGGUCAUUGGUGACUGUAGUGAACAAGACAGAGGCUACCCUGGAGGUCUGUCUGUGCCCACGCUCACUAUUGUCACAGUCCUCCAAUGAUGAGCACAGCAGCGCUACCGUGCAUGCUGCUGUAUCAGAACGAGCAAGGGAAGGUGCUUCUCAGGACGAGGGAGGUGGUGGAGGAGUUGAAGUUGUUGAGAUCUUUGAGAACGAAAGGCAUCUGCCCUUCCUGGGUUGGAGCUCCUCUAACCUACUUCCUAUCGACCCCAAGGGCUGGAGCGACCUCAAAUCAAAGUCGUCCUCAAAGGGUUUCAAGGAGCCUGAGCUGCCUGCUGGCUGGAUCUGGAGUUCCGGCUGGCACAUUGAAGUUUCUGAGCACGUGGACAAGGAUGGGUGGGCGUACUUCCCAAGCUUUUUGGAGGCAUCGUGGCCACCCAGAGGCACUGCACAUCGGGUGAAAGGAUUCCCUGAUGCUGUCCGAAGGAGGCGGUGGGUGCGAUUUCGGCAGCAGUCACCACUCGCAAAAGCACCUGGUCGAGUUCUUUGUGGCUUGGUGGAACCAGGCAGCACUCUUCCUCUUCCUGUCCUACCUGCAUCAACAGAUCACACUGACCCGUGCAUCCAAAUUCGGCCGCGUGUUGCACCGUCUGACAACUCUGAAGCCACUGCCAUCCCAUUCUCAUGGGGAUAUGUUGACAAGCAUGCCUCAAAGGUCCUCAGGGACACCUCCACUUCAAAGCAGGCGCUUCCUCCUUUCUCGGACUUUCCUUUGCUGACCCUUGGGAAGACUGAAGAGUUGCUGUCCUGUCAGCGAUCAUCAACAGACAGUGAGCACCCAGAAACCCGCUGGAUGCUGGUGGAGUCAAUUGGCACCCCUUUAAGCAAGCGCUCAAGCUUCACUCCAACCGCGGACUGGGAGAUUGUUGCAGAAGCGCCCAUGACUUUCUGCAACUUGUUGCCAGAGCCAAUCACCCUGUCCAUCUGGAGCUCUGAUCCUCCAUCCACUGAGGUUCUGCUGAAGGAAGAUGGCCUGGUGUUGGAACCUGGAGCCAAGAAGGGCAUCUUGUCUGUACACCCGAAGGGUCGUCUUCUUGUGUGUCUGAAGAUUCGUGAAUCAUGGGUUCCACCAGAUGAAUCCGAUGAGCGUAUGAUAAUCUUUCACCCUCAAGAGCCUCUUCCGUCAGAAGUCACUCUGAUGCACAAGGAUACUCACAGGCAUCUUCAAGUGUCCAUCGAUCGGACUUGGUCUGCCACCUUUGGCAUGCUGAAGGAGGUCACCUUCUCAGUUCCUUGCUGGGUAGACACAGCUGGCUGCCCGCCCGUGGUACUCUCCCUGUCUCAUGGGACUUCAGUUGCUGCCAUAGCUAGUGGUUCCUUCAAACGGCCAUGGACAGAGCACAAGUGGAAUGGUAAAACUUCAAUGAAUCUGCUGCGGAGUCAAUCUACAAAGGACGAAGUGGUGAACGUGGGGACUGAGGGACGAAGCACAGUGAUGCUGUCUCGAUGUGACGACACCUCUGUUAUCCGCUUUGCAUUGGAUAGCUCAGGGGGCGUGGAGAAGUAUGGGCCCGACUUGUCCAUUGCAACUGUUCAAUCUCAGAGCACAAUGUGCAACUCACAAGCCACAGCAGCCGAUGGCUCAUACCUACCACUUGUGGCUUUUAUGGACGUCAGCCCUUUCGGCUCUCAAGUUACAAAGGUGCUGAAGGUCCGGCCGUUGCUCACUCUCACUAAUCGACUUGGAGAAGCAGUAUUUGUGAGACCACCUGGGGCAGAGGAGCAUAUCACGGAUUUAGCACCAUCUGACUGGCACAAACCACUUGUUUACCCACGUGGUUUUGGAACAGACACAUUCCAGGUUCGUACUAGUUUAUCCACGUGGAGCUAUCCACUCAAGCUCUCAGUGGAUGCUGAGGUGAUCGCUGUUGUGCGACUGCUGAGAGACAACUCCCGCCACUUCAUUCGAAUAGACGGCCGAGCUGGAGGGGCCACUUCCAAGCACAUGAUAUCAUUUCGGUUUGGGGGUCUUCACCUUCCAUUCAAACUUGAGAAUCACUCCAGCCACACUGUCUGUUUCCGGCAAAGUGGUCUACCCAUGACAGCAUGGGAGGUCCUCUUGCCAAAGUCAGCUGCUGCAUUUGCUUGGGAAGACCCAGGCGGGGAUAGAUGUUUGGAGGUUUAUGCCCGCACCCGUGAGGAGUCCACUGGAGAGUCUCUAGAGAGCAGAGCACAUCCUCCAGGCUCCAUGCUGUACGAUCUGUCAGAGCCAGGAAAUCUUGCCUCGCUUCCUCUGCCUGCUGCUGGUGGACGCCUGCGCGUUCAGUCAUUUGACUGUGACAGUGUCCGCAUCAUCCGCUUCAUGAACGGUGGAGUUAUGACUGGGGAGGAGGACCAGCAGCAGCAGCAGCAGCAGAGGGAUGGUGAGAUGGCCGCACCUGCUGGCUCGACGCUUGAGCGGCAGCAUAGCGCCAAUGUCCUGAACAAGGGCUCAAAAAUGGAGAUCAGUUUGGACCUUAUGAGUGUGGGGCUGUCAAUUAUUGACCAGCGACCUCAGGAGUUGCUGUAUGCAUUCUCAGAAGGUUUCCUGCUGAACUACCGCUACGAUGGGCAAGAUGACUCAAGCAGGUUGAAGCUGAUUCUGAAGAGUCUGCGCAUUGAUAACCAGCUGCCUCUGUCUCCCUUACCAGUGCUACUGUUCUUGGAGCAGAAAGGCAUGCCUGAAAAGGACCACGUUUUCAAGUUCCUUGUCUCGUCUCGUGGCAGCAUGAAGCAAGACGAAGUCUGCUACCCAAAACUCACGCUCUGGUUGGCACAGGAGCCGUGGCAAGUGAAUGUGCAUGAGGCCAUUGUGUGGCGGCUGUGGGAGCUUAUGGAGAGCAUUUACUGGGAGCACUUCUUUGCUCCGGAGUCUGCUGGUGCUGACGGAGGGGCAGUGGCUUCUGUCCAGGUCGACCCAAUGAUUCGCAUAGACCACCUAGUCGUCUCGGGUGCUCACCUUAAGCUCACGCUUGAAGCUGCCCCGACAUCCCGGCCUGCACAGCUCCUUGGCUCGUGGAGUAGUCUUGUCACUGCAGCAGGGAACACCAAGCGCAUGCCAGUCCGGCUGUCAGGGGCAACAGCCGAGUCAAGGCGACUGCGCAGGAGCAUCUUCAUGGAGGCAGUGGUGCGGCAUGUGCUGCGGGAUCUCUUACACCAGUCACUGCGCCUGCUGUCCGGUGUAGACGUGCUGGGAGUCAUCAGCUCCACUCUUACUGCUCUCGGACAUGGAGCUUCGAGGCUCGUACAUAAGGAGGACAUGAGCAACAGGCACUUCCAGCAGGCUCUUGGCAACCAGCUGGACAACGUUGGAGAGGGCCUUCUUUAUGGCGCCGAAGCAAUGGCGAAAGGAGUGGCCUUAGGGGUGGCUGAUGUCCUCGUCCGUUCUCGCUCCGGCUAUGAGACCCACGGGCCACCAGGACUGCUCCUUGGCCUCAGCAAGGGCUUGGCAGGGCUUGUGGUGCAUCCAGUGACGGGCUGCCUGCACUCUCUGGCGUUCCUUGUCGCCGGCGUGGAUGCGUCUACAGCUUCUUGCGCUCGCAUGGUGCAGCGAAAGCCUCAGCUGCAGCGGCUGCGUCUGCCCAGGGCGAUCUCUGCUGAUGGGGUUGUUCACGAGUACAGCAAGGAGAGCGCAGUUGGCCAGAUGGUGUUGUUCCUGGCUGAAGCGGGCUCAUACUUCGGCAAGCAUGACAUAUUCAGGGACCACUCCAAGUUCGCCCUAUCAGAUGCCUACGUGAAUCACAUUCUUCUGCCCAACUGCCGCAUCCUACUAAUCACCAGCCGCAGAGUCAUGAUGCUCAAGUGCCCUGUGGAUCCAGCUGGCCAACCUGACUCACUGGCACUGGUGCAAGGUCCAUCCCUUGUGCGUUGGGAUGUACCAUGGGACAACCUGCUCGCAUUGGAGACCAAGUACAUUCCUAGCUUCCCUCGGCCAGUAGUCUGUGUGCACAUGCGAGAGCCUACACCUCAACGCCUCUACACCAUUAUCCGCUGCCCAGAAUCACAUCCUGCUGAGCACGUGCAGGCGGAAGUUGCUUCAGAAUUUGAGACCUACAGUCCCAAGCAAGUCAAUUUCGAAGCAACACAGAUCCCAAGUGAGAUUCCUCACCACUCGUUCCUGUCCACUGCCAGCAGCCGGUCUUCUAUCUCGCUCACCACUUCAUCAACCCGGCCCAUCCAGCCAACACAGUCCAGGAGGUUCGGUCGCCAGCACAGCGUCCGGACCUCAGAGGCGGCACUGGCAAUUGGCCAGCGUGCACUGUCUUCUAGCGAAUCCAACCCGCUCAUCAUGACCCGUCCAAUAGCAUUGGCGUCCACGGCCUCUCACUCACUCCCAUCGCACGUCGAGACGGAUACAUUCAUUCGUGCAUGGGUGGUUGAGGAUGGACAAUCUUUCUGCUUCUCUUCUUGUCAGGGAGAUGCUGCUGAAGCUGGGCAUUUUGCGAUUUGGAAGCCAGUGCCUCCAGAAGGGUACAUCUCCCUGGGGGAUGUGGCAUGGCGAGGGCUGACCCCCCCUCCAGCUGUGCGAGUGCACUCCAUCACGCCAGCGUCGCUAGCUGCCGGUUCUGCCAAUGCCUUUGCUACGCCAGAUGACUACUUUCUU